AUGGGCAUUGGCUUAAGUGUUGACUCAUAUUUGGAUAGUAAAGCAGAUGGCGCUAAGUCAAUUUUGCUCCUUCAGUAUGAGAAUGAACAGUUACAACCAGUUCCUUUCACAGAAUUUAUAGAGAAUCCUUUAGCCUUUACAACAAAGCCACUUGUAUGCUUAGAACCUACUCAGCAAUCAGAUGCACCAAUCGUUUCAACGCCGGUUUCUAACAGGUCUCUUACAGACACAAUGAGACUAUUCCAUCAACAUUUUAGAAUACAGAAUUUUAAGUUACAGACCCAAUAUGUUUGGAUGUUUGCUUCCAACAAACUUCCAUCCACUACAAUAAAUGAGCUAAUGACUUAUUUAAGAAAGGCCCCAUUGCAGAAUUAUACCUGCAAUGCUGCAGUUGCUCCUUCAUCUAUAUUUUCAGACUUAGGUGGAAUUAAUUCCCUCAAGUUUGCUUUAAAGCCACCUAGCCCUACUCAGCGUUGCCGCGCAUCUUCCCCACUCAGAACUGCUGGUCAGAUGUGUGGUGCAAACGUUAAUCUCUUCUCAAGAAGAUCUCAUCAAGUUGGCAUGAAUGCAACCUUUGUUCUUCCAGUAAUCACAAACCAGGGUAAUAUUGAAGAGAGAUUCCCUGAUGAAAUGAAUCUUGUUGACGAAGGCGUUUUUGUCGGAAGCGAACGUGCUGCUGCCAAUAAACAAGCACUUCUUGACAAUCAUAUUACUCAUAUUAUUAACUUAUCCGGUAACACAUCUAAGAACCACUUCCCAGAAACAUUCAACUACUUUACAGUUAAAAUGAACGAUAACGACUUUGAAGAAAUACCGAACGAAUUUUGGGAAGCAUUAACAUACCUCAAGAAGGCCCGUGAUGAGGGUGGAAUUGUUCUUGUUCAUUGUAGAAUGGGUUAUUGCCGUUCUCCAGCCCUGGUUGCCGCAUACAUGUCAGAUGAAAAGAAGAUUUCAAUAGAUAACGCACUCUCUCUUAUUCAAUCCAAGCGUCCAGAGGUGAGUGUUAACCCCGGAUUCUUAGAUCAGCUUCAUCUCAGAGAAGAUAAGAAGCGUAAAUCCAAACCACGUUUGUUAAUUAAUACUGUUUUGUAA